GAGCGGCUCCGCCCGGCCCCGCUGCCCGAGCUGCCGCGGCCGCUGCCCGCUCUCCUCCGGCCUUUGGAGAUGCUCAAGGGCUCUGAGCUGUGAGCAGCUGGCACAGAGGAAUUGUCCUGGCAGAGCCUGAAGGAAUCCAGGAUCACAGCACUCGCCAGGGUGCUCCUGUCUCCUCUGCCUAUGGAUGCUGCUGGCACCAAGGACACGGCUCCUCUCCCGACACCCACCUUUCUGGAAAUAAAAAUUCCCAAGCAACCCAACACGUUUUCAUCCAGGAGUGCAAACCAUGACUGAACGUCCAAGGCCUGGACGCCCACUCCGAUUCUCACUCCGUGUGCCCGCAAAAAAGAUGUCCAACAACACAACAGAGGCCUCCAGCAACACUCCCCCAGCCCUCCUAGGUCUGCUCCUGGGAGGCAUUUCCCUGGUCACCAUUGUCAUGAACAUUCUAGUGCUGUGCGCUGUAAAAAUGGAGAAGAAGCUGCAGACUGUGGGUAAUUUAUACAUCGUGAGCCUCUCCAUCGCUGACCUGAUUGUGGGGGUGGCCGUGAUGCCCCUGAACAUCGUGGACCUGCUGAGCCCUGCGUGGCCCCUGGGGCUGGAAGCCUGCUUGUUCUGGCUCUCCAUGGAUUACGUGGCCAGCACGGCCUCGAUUUUCAACCUCUUCAUCCUGUGCGUGGACCGCUACCGCUCGGUGCAGCAGCCGCUCCAGUACCUCAAGUACCGCACCAAGAUGAGAGCCUCGCUCCUCAUCCUGGGGGUCUGGCUGCUCUCCUUCACCUGGGUCAUCCCCAUCCUGGGCUGGCACCUUUUUGCCAACAACGGGCAAAGGACGGUGGAGGAAAACAAGUGUGAGACGGAGUUCUUCAAAGUCACCUGGUUUAAAGUGCUGGCGGCCAUUUUCAACUUCUACCUGCCCUCCCUGCUGAUGUUGUGGUUCUACUGCAAAAUCUUCAGGGCUGUUCAAAAACACUGCCAGCACCGAGAGCUCAACAACAGGUCUCACUUGUCCUCCACGGAAAAAAACACCGUGCAGCAGACCAAGACAAAGGAUGACAAAAAUAUUUGCCUCCAGGAGCAAAUCAUUGGUGAGAACAGCCCCGGUGUAGACAAGGAAAACUCCCCAGAGCCCCAAAAAGUGGAGGCAGAGCUUCAUUUCAGCCAUCCUGACAAGGCUUCAAAGGCCCUGUGUAAUGGGAAGGUCAUGAAGUGGAGCUGUUUCUCCCUCACCACAGCCAAGCCUGAGCCUGGCUUGGAUAAAGCAGAGAAGAGGGGAGCGUGUGCCACGAAAAAACCUGGGGCCAAGGAGCAGCCUGACUGCCAGGACAGUGACUCCAGCGGGGCAUCAGACAACCACACCUUCACUGAGGUGGUCCCCCAGGCAGAGCCCAGCCCCGAAGGAGCCUGCCAUCCUCAGGGGAGCACGGAGCGCAGGGACUCCAGGGAAACGACAUUCCUGAGGAAAACCUGGCACGCCCUGCACAGCCAUUCCAGGAGCAUCCACCGGCACGGCAACCGGGAGAGGAAGGCAGCCAAGCAGCUGGGGGUGAUCAUGGCAGCCUUCAUGAUCUGCUGGAUCCCCUACUUCGUGUUGUUCAUGGUGAUAACUUUCCACGACCACAAACAGCUCUUAGAAUUGCACAGGGGCGCCAUAUGGCUGGGCUACGUCAACUCCACCUUAAACCCCUUCCUCUAUCCUCUCUGUAACCAGAAUUUCAAGAAGACUUUUAAAAAGAUCCUUCACAUUCAUUGA